AUGAUUGAGAUUCCAGACGUUAGUUCUCAUCCACCACAGAGAAGCAGGAUAUUUUUCAUCAAAUUAUCUUCUAACCACAUAAGAUAUUUAUCUACAUUUAUUCUUGCUUUAUCCCACAUUUUCCAAAAUCAACAAACUUUGCAAAAUUAUGAACAAAAGAACGUUAAUGAAGCUCUUUACACAGAAUUCAGGCCUUACAAUUAA